GUUUUUUAUGUUUUCAAUCAGCUGUCUUAAAUAUAUCUUAAAACAAGAAAAUUAAAAAAAUAAUAAUUUGGACUUGGUUAUUAGUUAAGUUAGAUAAUUGUGAAAUGUCUAAAGGCACCUUAAUAAUGUAAAAAUAAUUAUCACUAAAUUUAGAGAUCUUUUACGUUAGUAAGAUUUCUUUCAAACAAGUUGCAUUACUGUUGCAAUAUUACAUAAAAUCUUCAAACCUAAUAAAAAGCUCGUUCUAGACUUCUCCAGAAAAGGGUGGAACGUUCUAGAACAGCGCGCUCUUUAUAAAAGCUUGGAACUCGCCGGUCCAGGCACAGUUCAAAGUUGACAGAGCUAGACAGUUAUACGUCAAGUAUUUUAAAACUUUCUUAAUUUUUCAAGAUGUCACUUUUACCUCAUCUAAUUAAUGCCUUGGUGGACGACUAUGACCGCCGUCAUUGGUUAAGUGAUUUGAACGAUCACCAAUUGUAUCUGACACCAGCAGAUAUUCUUCAAAUAACUCAAAGGCCAACCACAAGAUCUGGAGGGCAAAUGCGUCGUCCAUGGAGAAAUUUGGCAGGUGGAGAUUCAAAUGUCUCUACAUUUUCCAGCAACAAAAAUGAGUUCAAAGUCAACUUGGAUGUUCAACAGUUCAAGCCAGACGAACUAAAAUUAAAAGUUGUUGAUGGCUUCCUAGUUGUUGACGGAAAACAUGAGGAAAGGUCAGAUGAGCAUGGCUUUAUUUCCAGGCAGUUCACAAGAAGAUAUAAAAUCCCUGAAGAUGUUGAUCAAGAAAAAUUAAAUUCACAUUUGUCUUCAGAUGGUGUUCUUUCUAUUUCUGCUCCAAAAAUUGUAAGUAAACAACUAUUCUUAAAGUAAUAUAUUACUGGUUCUGCCUAUUCUUGCAUUAAACAUUCUAGUUAAAUACAUAUUUAAAUCUUAAUAUUGUUUCCAUUUGUAAUGCUUGGGAAGAAAUUCACACAGUGACAGAGUUUUGAUCUC